AUGUCUUCGUCCCAUGUGUUCGGAGAUCGUCAGGCCAGCGAGACGAAAGAUGCAUGGUCGUCCUUCGCAAGGAGCCGCCUCGAUCUGAGCGUCCGACCUCGAGCUGAUCUAGCAGGAUGCGGUCGCAUCACUCACCUACGUUCGCUGGAUUCUGAACUUGAAGCGGCGACAGCUGCCAUCGCUACAUUGAAGAGACAGCGCAAUGCAUUGAAUACGGCCUGCUCUCUCCCGAUGGAACUUCUUUGCGAGAUAUUUCGCCAUGCGCAAAAGGAUUGGCAACCCGAACGCGCUCGUACCCAUCCGGACCCUCCCUCAGAAGAGGCGAAGUCACUUUUCGACUUGGGGUGGAUAUAUGUCACGCAAGUAUGCACAUCUUGGAGACAGGCUGCUCACGGCAAUGCUGGUCUCUGGACUGAACUGAGAUGCCUGGACAUGCCACCAACCCUCGCGACCAAUGCUCUUCAUAACUGCCGCGAGUUGCCGCUGGAUCUAAAGAUCCGCUACCAUUUUCCAUGGUUGGCCAAUAGACCAAACCAGGGGCUUCGUAUCGACGAUUGGCUCUGUCCAUCGAUCAUGGAACGCACGCGAUGUCUCUUCAUCAGCGCCGAUCCUCGUACAUUCAACAGCUGGGUUCCACAAUUGAUUCGGCCUGACUUAGCGCCGAUUCUUCAAGACCUCACUCUGUCAUUGUCCCCUGGGUCGGCUCCUAAUGACUGGAUCGUGUUCAACACGUCUGUCUUCACUGGGACUCGCAUGCCAUCUCUCACUAGCUUGACACUCCUAAGCUGUUUCCCUUAUUGGGGCACACCAUUCACGGCCGCGAAUGUGACGAGGCUUCGCAUAGAGAUGCCUGGAACCGAAGACAGCGCCGAAGACAUGGGCUUUCUCCCCGAAGCCUCACAUUUGAAUAACUUCCUUUUCUCGUUCCCUCUUCUGGAGGAGCUUUCCUUGCAGAACAUCGUACCGAGCGAUAAUCCUCAUCCAAAUUUUCUACAACCUCCGACGCUCACAUCUACUCUGAGAGUGAUGCGGUUCGGGUGCACUUCUCCGGAUCUGCUACCUAUCCUCAGCAGGUUCUGGGACAGAUUCAGGGCUGCUCCCAACACGACCGUCAUAUUUGAAGCAGAGAUAGAUGAAGAGUUCGAAAAUGCCCUGGAUGAUGAAGGCGAGAUCAUCAUACAAGCGUUAUUCAGCAACGAUCUUGCUCAUCCCUUCCGCGAACUGCAUUGCUCUCAUAACGCUCUGAGUCUUUGCCGUUCAGUGUCCUCUUCACGGGAAGAGUGGGUGCGCGUAUGGCCGGAAAUGAGAUACAAUUCGCCCCUUGACCUCGACGCCAACGAGAACACAACCGAUCGCAUGCGCGGGAGCGUGAACAUCCGCACCAGUCGCCCAGCACCCGACUUCCUACUUCCCGUACGGCCUGACACUUUUCAGGCGUUAUCGUUCGCACCAAACAUCAUGGACAUGUACAUGAUUGUCACCUGGCUCCGACAUCUACCCUCUCCCAACAUCGAGCGCAUCGCUAUUCCCUAUCAACAAAGCUCUCCUCUGCUCGCUGCACUGGUUGAGGCUUCUGACCUCGAGUCUGAUGGCCAAUUUGCGCUACUUCCCAGACUGAACAUCGUGGUCUUACAUGCGGGAGUGCAGAUGGACCCGCAUCAAGAGCAACCUUUGCAAGUGGAACAUGAGCCACAGGUGGACGUUGCUUUUAUGAACCUCUUGCGCGUGAGGAGAGAACGAGGGGCGCCUAUUCGCGAGCUUUUCAUCAGUCGGCAGUUGAUGGAACAGGACGUUUGGGGACAAGUCGGCGAAGGGGUACAAGUGUCAUUCUUUGACUGA